CCACUUCUCUCUCCCCACUUUCUGACUGUACUUUUUUACAUCCCUGCUUACGUCUAGUUGGCAUAACUAAUUUCCGCAUUCCCAAAUCCUCCCAGAUAGGGAUCACUAUUUAAAACGGGCUGAUGCAACGAUUUCCACUUUUUAAAAUCUACUCUCGACCAUCACCUGAUCAGAGGAAAGGACAGCUGUUGCACUUAGGAUCAAAGUCAGCUGUGGUCUCAACUGGGUCUGACAUGAUGCCGGGACAGAUCCCGGAUCCGUCCGUCACCGCUGGCUCAUUGCCCAGCUUGGGUCACCUGGCCGGGAUCUCUGCCACCACGCUGACCGACCAGCUGAAGUUAGGGGACCUCCGGGAGCUAGGGGCUAUGCUGUCCCCCCUCCACUUCCUGGGGAAGCUGGGGAAGAGGCCCAUCACCAUCAAAACAGAGUGGGACGAGGAGGAGGACAGGAGGAAACGCAGGAGAGAGAAAAACAAAGUAGCCGCGGCUCGGUGUCGAAACAAGAAGAAGGAGAGGACAGAGUACCUACAAAGGGAAUCAGAAAGACUAGAGAUGAUGAACUCUGACCUCAAAGCCCAGAUCGAGGAGCUGAAGAAUGAGAGGCAGCAGCUGAUGGUCAUGCUGAACCUCCACCGGCCGACAUGCAUCGUCCGCACUGACAGCGUCCAGACCCCAGACGGCGAGGCCAACCCUCUGCUGGAGCACCUGGACGCCAAGUGAUGACGCCGAGUGAUGUCUCUGGGCUCAGGGGAGAACGUCUCCACACCUCCAGUUUACAGUGACGCCCCAGCCAGCUAGCAGCACUUCAUGCCUGGGUUUGGCCCAGAGGGAGCCUUUCCCAAGCACUCUUGCCUGGACAGAGGUUGACCCAAUGAGAUUGGACUUUGUGCUGGCAGGUUAAAACUAUUACUUUUGGAUUUGAUGUCAUCGUUGUUGUCAUUAUGGACCUCUUGACUCGUGCCACUAUCAGUGUAGAUGAGUGUAAUAGUGAUAGAUAUGUAAUGCAGCUUGAUGAAUAAAGUGCCUCUCAGUUAGUGUUACAGAUCUCUCAGGCCUUAAGACAGUCAUGGCUGUGUUUAAGUGUAUCUUUUGUUUUACCAAUGUGUACUAAGAUAUCCAUUAUUUUCCCUUUUGUAUUAUGCCCCACUGGCCUACUGUUUGACCAUUUCGUUUGUACUGUUUUGUUGUUAUUUUGGCGCAGGCGUCAUAUAUGCACAUAUAGACUGUUUACAUUACUUGUUUUAUUCCCUAUUUUCCAUUACAUUGUUACUUCCAAUCCAGUUUCUGAUUUUUAUACUUUGUAUAUUGUAUCAUAUUGACAUAUAAGCUAUAACAAAAUGUGAUGCGUUUGUAUUUCUGCAAGACAUAAAUGCAUAGUUUCUUUUCUAG